CUGGCUCAGCUGAGGCCUUUCCCCACUAUUAUUUCCCCCGGUUCCCCCUCGCUGUGGGGUCGAAUGGUUGGGAGCGGGGCACUUUCCUCUGCCUGGCUGGCCCGCGUGGCUGCGCGGAGGUUCAGCGUGGGGCCCUGGCUGUGGAGAAGGUGAGCACGAUGGCCCCCAAAGUGAGGAAGAGGAAGGCAAAGGAGCCUGAGGCAAAGGCUGUGAACUCUGAGGACGUGAAGGCGAACGCCGGUGUCGAUACACUGCCAAAGAGGUCACGGGGUGAGGGAAGUCGGGGCCCUGGACCCCGUGUGGUUAUUGAGCAUUGUAAGAGCUGACGAGUCUACGGGCGCAAUGCCGAUGCCGUGAGCCAGGCACUGCGCCGCACCGUCGCCAACGUGGUGGUGGAGAUCAACCCUGAGACACCGCGCAGGAACAGCUUUGAGGUGUCCCUGGUGAAGGAAGAUGGAAGAACGGUGGAGCUAUGGAGCGGCAUUAAGAAAGGGCCGCCUCGCAAGCUCAAGUUCCCUGAGCCAGAGAAGGUGGCUGACAUGCUGAAGAGCAGCUUGGUCUAACGCAGAGCUACACCGAGCCGGGGCUAGGACCCAUCCAUUCCUUGUGUGGACUGGAGCAUCCAUGAGGAGGCAUGAUGAAGUGGGGGAAGGGGCCAAUGGCCAAACCUCAGUCAUGUCUCUGAAGCUGCAGCUCUUCCCACUGGGAGUGGUGGGCCAGAUGAUGCCACUCUGUCCUUCGCUUCUGCUCUGCUCCCACAACCAUCCUCUGGCCUUCCUUAGUAGAUGAUCUUUCACUGUUUUGUGGUUAGAGUUCUUUUGGUAAUAAAGCUUCUAAAAAAACCUAU